CUGCGCCGUCGCUCUGUCGUGCACGCUCUCGUGCUUCGUUGUGACACGGGAGUAGAGUCGAGAGGUAGCCCUCGACGAGACGACCGGCGCUGCGAUGCCAGACCUCACUGCCGCCGACGGCGGCGGCGGCUACGGCGGCGGCGGCAAGGGCGUCGGCGGCAAGGGCGUCGGCGGCAAGGGCGUCGGCGGCAAGGGCGUCGGCGGCAAGGGCGUCGGCGGCAAGGGCGUCGGCGGCAAGGGCGUCGGCGGCAAGGGCGUCGGCGGCAAGGGCGUCGGCGGCAAGGGCGUCGGCGGCAAGGGCGUCGGCGGCAAGGGCGUCGGCGGCAAGGGCGUCGGCGGCAAGGGCGUCGGCGGCAAGGGCGUCGGCGGCAAGGGCGUCGGCGGCAAGGGCGGCGGCGGCAAGGGCGGCGGCGGCAAAGGCGUCGGCGGCAAGGGCGGCAAAGGCGGCAAGGGCGGCGGCGGCUGGGCCGGCGUCGGCUGGGGCCGCGGCUGACUACUCAAUGGCCGGUGUGUCGUCCUCCUGCGCUGGGCCCUGACGUGGGUCCCGCCAGACGGGCGUCCCCCGCGACCUGCACGUCGCUAUGGCUCCUACAGAUAAAAUAAAUGACCAUUCUCGGUGUCC